AUCAAAUGGAGGAUGCCCUGCACACACUGUCACCAGCUAAUGCUUCCUCCCCCUCCUCUGAUUACCCCCUCUGCCCCACCGCUGCUACUCUCUUCUUCCUCCCCUCCAUCUACACCCUCCUCUUCAUCACCGCUCUCCCGGGAAACGGUCUGUCUUUGUGGGUUUUCCUGCGCUGCAUCCCCACCAUCUCCCCCACCCACGUUUAUCUGUCCCACCUGAGCAUUUCCAACCUGUUGCUGUCCAUCGCCACGCCCUUCCUGGCAGCCUACUACGCCCUAGGACAGGUCUGGAAGCUGAGCGGCGUCCCGUGUCAGCUCGUCCUGCACGGCAUCACCCCGGUGCUGCACAUCAACAUCUACAUCAGCCUCAUGAUCCUCACCUGGGUGGCCCUCAGUCGCUUCGCAGCCCUCAUCAAGAACACCCACGCCUCCAGACCCAGCGCCUUCACCACCCUGCUGCCUCACUGCUUCUUCUCUCGCCUCACUAAGGUCUCCUUCGCUAACGCCGUGUGUGUGACGGUGUGGGUGGUGUCGGUUGGCGGCGUCGUGCCGGUGACGGUCUACUACUCGGUGUAUGAGGCGAUGAGCGGUGACCAUGAGGAAGGAGGACGUGAGGAGGUUUGCUACAGCCCAGCGGUGGAGCUGGGAGGCAGCGUGUCUGGGACUCUGUCGGUGCUGGUUAUCACCAUAUUCUUUGUGGUCUACCUGCUGGUGCUUCUGUCCUACAUGAUGGUGCUGAAGCACAUCAGACGCUCACGUCGUGACGCUCACAUCACCACCUCCAAGAGCCUGCUGAGCAGAGUGCUGCGAAACAUCGUGGUCAUCCAGGUCGUUCUUUCUGUUUGCCUGCUGCCGUACCACAUCUUCAAACCCAUCUUCAUCUCUUUGGCUCAUGAUCAACUUCAGCUGGCGCCAUCCCCAGGCACCGACACCUACAGCGGCUGUCACCCGCUCUCCAUCUUCGUCGAGCUGAAGAACUGCCUGUUCCUUCUGGCCGCGCUCAGAGCCUCGACCGACCCGGUGAUGUACUUCAUUUUGGACAGAACUUUCCGUCAUCGAACCCUCAAACUUUUGCGGUGCAACAAGAGCAUCGGCGAACAGAGACAAAUGUUCUGGACGACUAAAGAAAGCACCAAUCAGAAGGUUGAACAGCUGGGGGAGGAAAACGUGGUGACGGCUACUGCGGAAUUAAGUCAAACUGUUUUGUAGCUGAUUUUCUGUUGAAAGAACUCUGUAAUGUGUGCACUGAAGUUAAUGUACUGCAACAAUCACUUAUCGCAAUUACAAAUGCCGGAGUUAAAGUAUUCAAGUAUCCAUGGAAAAAGACAAUAUUCGAGUCACAAGAAACUGCUCAAGGUUUCUUCCCGUUAUAAGGGAGUUUUUACUGGCCUUAGGGCUCCCUCUGGGGGUUCAGCCUUAUGGGUUCUGUAAAGUAGAGGUGGGCGGAUCGAUCCAAAUAUUGAUAAUAUCGAUACCAGCGUUGGUAUUGAUAUCGGUGAUACCGACCCUCUAUUUACUUGGUAUCGCACACCACUACCGCAAAGCGUCUUGAAAGAAUUUGACCUGAAUAUAAAUAAAAUUGAAUUGAACUGAAAACUCACUGAUGGGUUUGAGACACAGUAUCUUUAAAACUGUAUAUAUAUUGACAAAAUUACAAGAUUCAUCAGAGCUAAGAACUAUAAAAACAGAACAGAUUGCCAGAAUUUAAACUAUCUAAAGGUUCUUGAAGUAUCAAACUGUGACGUACCUAUCGGUUUAGAAAAUUGACCAAAUUUAGGCUAAAAAUUGCGAUAUUUCAGUGAAAUCCGAUUAUUUUACAUCUCAUUUAAAUUCUGCCAAAAAUAAACCAUUUGCUCUAACCAAACUCUGUAAAAAACUAAAAAACUCUGUGUUUCUUUCUGCAGCCGUAAAGUCAUGAGCGACUAUCAUGUGAACAGCAGACACAUGACAAAUAUUCGGAUACUUUUCGGAUGAGCUGCAGGCAGUGUUUACACAGAGCAGACAGGAGAAAAGCACAGAAGCUUUUAUAAGAGAAAUUCAACUUUUGUUGUCUCUUUUUUCACGAUUUUUUAAAAAUGAGAACUGUACAGAAAACAGUUCUGAGUUCUCUCUUCUUCUAAUUAAUUAAUGGUUUCUCCAUUUCCAUAGACGUGCAGGACUUUAUAUUUCAGUGAAAAAUGAAUCCACAGUGAGAAAAAUGUGUCAAUCUUCCAGAAACCAUUCAGAGGGUUAAGAAGUAAAUAAAUAAAUAAUACAGGCAUACUACUGUUACUCUUGAUCUCCUCAGGUAACACAUUGAAUAUGCACUUGCAAAUAAAAGUAACAGUCCAUUUGUGUAAAAUGUCACAUUAUUACUUCCUAAUUAUCAUCAUCUGCUUCGUAUUUCUCCAGAGGGAUCCCAGAGUUCCCAUGUGGAUAUUACAGUGCAAUUAUUUGCUUUGUUUGUUGUGCAAUAUA